AUGAAAUCCAAUUUCAUCCACUUUUCUGCGCAGGGACAAGGCUCGUUUUGCACGCCAUGGCCCCAAGUCGCAGCCCAGGAAGCCCAGCGGGAGGACUUAUUUCAGGGCAGCAUCUUUCACCACGGUUUGUGCUUGGGAAAUCCUUCCCAAGGUUCUAUCGGAAUAGAGUUAGUGGUUCUCCCAAAACCCAAUCAGCUUUUCCCCCUCCCAACCUCCGGGAAAAAUUUCCUGGCGAAAGUUACCCUUGACUCUCCUAGGUCGCGCUUAUUUGAAUUCUGGGCUGGAACAUUUGGUUUGAAAAUCGGACUCCGAAAAAUGCACCCCAACAACUAUCUAGAAAUUCCACGUCUCUUGGCUGUCGGUUGGGUGUCCUCCACAAUUCUACCAAUUGUUCUUAUCAACUAUUACUAUGAUGGCAAAUUUCGAACUCCAUCCGCUUUUCCUAGAAGUUCCUUCGUGUUUCGGCAAUAUCUCGCCUCUGGUGCGUAUAAAACCAAACUCUUUGACAAACUAUGGAGCAAUGAAGGUUCUCCAGAACUUUGA